AUGAGAUAUGGCCGUUUUUGUCAGCAAUCGGAGCUGAGAAAAUACGGAUACCGGGCUGCACCCGAUCAGCAGUGUUGGAGGGUUACGGAGAGGGUGCUGUUCGGCGUGUCUACUUCGGCGAAACCUUCUUCGAUGAGCGCAUACUCGUUUGCGACCAUGCUUCGUACAAGUUGA